CAGCCCGGAGGAGAGGGAGGCAAUGCCCGCGCCUGGGCCCAAGGUCACGGGGCAGCCGGCGGACACGUACUGCGUGCCUCAGGCCACUCAAGCGGCGCGAGGGACGCGCCAGCCUCCUGGGCUGCGCUGGCUCUGCCGAUCAAGUGUCCAGCGGUCCGUGGGACAGGCUGCUGGGCUGCGCUAGUCCAGCCUCUGACUCACCGGACUGGUGGCCAGAUAGCGGGGAAACCACACCCCCACCCCUGGCGAGUGUAGGGAGAUCACUGCCCCAAGUCACGCCUAGCGUUACAGAGGGUUGCUGGAGAAGGCCCUAGAACUGCAACUGCCGUGGGGGUCCUGAUACUAGAUCCGUGGCUGCCAUCUCUCCCAGGUCCCCCCUUCUUUUAGAAGAGCCAUGGCUCCAAAGCGCAAGCCCCAGGUGCAACAGGAGGGCCCUGAAAAAAAGAAGGGGCGGCAGGGUGCAGAGGAGGAGGACAGCUUCCGCUCCACUGCCGAGGCCCUCAGAGCUGCACCCACAGAGAAGCACGUAGUCCGAGUGGACCCAGCAUGCCCGCUCAGCCACAACCUUCAGACCCAGGUGCAUGAAGACUACGCCUGCACCCUGAAUCAGACCAACAUUGGAAAAAACAACAACAAGUUCUACAUCAUCCAGCUGCUGGAAGAGGGGGACCGCUUCGCCUGCUGGAACCGCUGGGGCCGCGUGGGAGAGGUGGGCCAGUCGAAGCUCAGCUACUUUGUGUUGCUGGAGGAUGCAAAGAAGGACUUUGAGAAGAAAUUUCGGGACAAGACCAAGAACAGCUGGGUGGAGCGGGACCACUUUGUGGCCCACCCGGGCAAGUACACACUCAUCGAAGUACAAGGAGAAGAUGAGGCCCAGGAGGCCGUGGUGAAGGUGGAAGGAGGCUCAGUGAGGAACAUAGUUCAGCGGGUACGGCCCUGCUCCCUGGACGCACCAACACAGAAGCUCAUCACCAACAUCUUCAGCAAGGACAUGUUCAAGAAUGCCAUGACCCUCAUGAACCUGGAUGUAAAGAAGAUGCCCCUAGGGAAGUUGAGCAAGCAGCAGAUUGCACGGGGCUUCGAGGCUUUGGAGGCUCUGGAGCUGGCCCUGAAAGCCCCCACGGAUGGUGGCCCCAACCUGGAGGAGCUGUCCUCCCACUUCUACACUGUCAUUCCCCACAACUUCAGCCGCAACCGGCCCCCGCCCAUCAACUCCCCUGAGCUUCUGCAGGCCAAAAAGGACAUGCUGCUGGUGCUGGCAGACAUCGAGCUAGCCCAGACCCUGCAGGCAUCCCCUGAAGAGGAAAAGGUAGAGGAGGUGCCACACCCCCUGGACCGAGACUACCAGCUCCUUAAGUGCCAGCUCCAGCUGCUGGACCCAGAGGAACCCGAGUACAAGGUGAUACAUACCUAUUUAGAAAAGACUGGCGACACCUACCGGUGCCCUGCUCUUCAACAUGUUUGGAAAGUGAACCGAGAAGGGGAGGGAGAUAGGUUCCAGGCCCACUCCAAGAUGAGUAAUCGGAAGCUACUGUGGCAUGGCACCAACGUGGCGGUGGUGGCCGCCAUCCUUGCCAGUGGGCUCCGCAUCAUGCCACAUUCUGGCGGCCGUGUUGGCAAGGGCAUCUACUUUGCCUCAGAGAACAGCAAGUCGGCUGGCUAUGUUACUGGCAUAUCCUGCGGAGCCCACCAACUUGGCUACAUGUUCCUGGGUGAGGUGGCACUGGGCAGAGAGCACCACAUCACCAUCGACAACCCCAGCUUGAAGCAGCCACCCCCUGGCUUCGACAGCGUCAUUGCCCGAGGCUCCACAGAGCCUGAUCCAUCCCAGGACACCGAGCUAGAGCUGGACGGCCAGCGAGUGGUGGUGCCCCAGGGCCAGCCUGUGCCCUGUGCAGAGUUCAGCAGCUCCAGAUUCUUCCAGAGCGAGUAUCUCAUCUACCAGGAGAGCCAGUGUCACCUGCGCUACCUGCUGGAGGUUCACCUCUGAACCGUCUGCCUACCCCUGCCCCUUGCCUGGGGCCUACUGGUGGCCAGACUGUCAUCCUUAACCUUCCUGCCCAUCUCUCGUGCCCCCAAAUCUCCCUCUUAUGUCCCAGACAGUGAUUUCCCCCCCUCCCUCCAAUCCUUGCUAGCCGUGGCAUGGCUAUGGCUCCAGAGUCUCGCCUCCUAAGGUGUUGGGUGUGAUGGACUGCCAUUGUUACUGGGGCACAGAUACAGCAGCCCAUUCAAGUUAGAGGAGCACAGGCUGAGAAUGGAUGGAAUCCCACAUCCACCCAGGCUGUCCGCCCUGCCCCAGACUGUCUGUCCGAGAGGUGUGAGCACCAAGGUAGGCUGAACUUCAAAGCAUAUAUAACAAGUUUAUUAAAUAUUGUAUCUGCUCA